AUGUAUUAUUAUUAUCAUGAUGGAUGUUUACCUCUGCCUGGUGCUCCAUUGUGUGAACUCACCGUCUAUCUUGAUUAUAUUCCAACACAAAUUAAUAAUUUUCUCGUCGCACAACUUUCAAUUGAACGUUUUUUGCUUGUCGUCAAACCAUUUAUUUUUCAUCGAGUUCGUGGUCAGAAAUAUUCAUAUGCCAUCAUUUUUCAUUAUAUUGGUCUUUUUGUGGCUAUUACGUUUCCUUGCAUUUACUAUCCAACUAUCAUGCAGAAUGGAGCAUCAACAAUUGAUCUCGACGAUCCUUCAGAAACACCGACUUGUGAUCUUUGGUAUUCACGUGAUAUCUAUGAGACAUUUGAUUUACUUAUUACAUCUACGCCUUAUUUUCUCAUUUUAUUCACCCAUUUACUUCUCAUUACCUUUCUUUUAUAUCGAAAAUUUGUCAUAGCUGAUCAACAAAGAAGACAAGCUGGUUCGAGAAAAUAUCGACGUCUUCUCUUUUCUCUUAAUCUAU